GCGGGCGGCGGCGGCGGCGGCGGCCGGAGGCAGCGGCGAUGGGCAGCGAGGGCGAGCGGGGCCCGGCGGCGGGGCAGGGCGAUCCGCGGGCGCUGCGCAGGGACUGCCAGCAGCGGAUUUUCGUCAACCGCAGCCUGGCGCUGGAGAAGAUCAAGUGCUUCGGCUUCGACAUGGACUACACCUUGGCCGUGUACAAGUCGCCCGCCUACGAGGCGCUGGCCUUCGAGCUGCUGCUGGAGCACCUGGUCUCCAUCGGGUACCCCCAGGAGAUCCGCGCCUACCGCUACGACCCGGCCUUCCCCACCCGGGGGCUGGUGUUCGACACCCUGCUCGGCAACUUGCUCAAGGUGGACUCGCACGGGAACCUGCUGGUCUGCGCCCACGGCUUGCGCUUCCUCAAGGGCGCCGAAAUCCUCCACUACUACCCCAACAAGUUCAUCCAGCGGGACGACACCAAGCGCUUCCACAUCCUCAACACGCUCUUCAACCUCACGGAGACCUAUCUCUACGCCUGCCUCGUGGACUUCUUCUCCAACUGCUCCAGAUACGUCAACUGCGACACCGGCUACAAGCACGGGAACCUCUUCAUGUCCUUCCGCAGCAUGUUCCAGGACGUGCGCGAGGCCAUGGACCACGUCCAUCUCUCAGGUUGCCUGAAGGAGAAGACGCUGGAGAACCUGGAGAAAUACGUGGUGAAGGACCCCCGCGUCCCGCUGCUGCUGAGCCGCAUGAAGGAGGUGGGCAAGGUCUUCCUGGCCACCAACAGCGACUACGGCUACACCGACGCCAUCAUGUCCUACCUGUUUGACUUCGGCGGCGAGGAUGAGGCGGGGAGCCCGCGGCAGCCCUGGCGCUCCUAUUUCGACCUCAUCGUGGUGGACACCCGCAAGCCGCUCUUCUUCGCCGAGGGCACCGUGCUGCGCCAGGUCAACACGGACACGGGGAAGCUGCGCAUGGGGACGUACACCGGCCCCCUCCAGCACUGCGCCGUCUACUCCGGAGGCUCCUCGGACCUGGUGUGCGACCUGCUGGGCGUCAAGGGCAAGGACAUCCUCUACGUGGGCGACCACAUCUUCGGCGACAUCCUCAAGUCCAAGAAGCGGCAGGGCUGGCGCACCUUCCUGGUGGUGCCCGAGCUGGCCCGCGAGCUGCAGGUGUGGACGGAGAAGAGCGAGCUGUUCGAGGAGCUGCGGCGGUUGGAUCUCUUGCUGGCGGAGCUGUACCAGGACCUGGACAGCAGCAGCAGCGAGCGCCCGGACAUCAGCUCCAUCAAGCAUCAGAUCCAGAAAGUCACCCGCGAGAUGGACCUGUGCUACGGGAAGAUGGGCAGCCUCUUCCGCUGCGGCUCGCGCCAGACGCUCUUCGCCAGCCAGCUGAUGCGCUACGCCGACCUCUACGCCGCCUCCUUCAUCAACUUCCUCUACUACCCCUUCAGCUACCUCUUCCGGGCGGCCCCCGCCUUGAUGCCGCACGAGUCGACGGUGGAGCACGGCCGCCUGGACGCGGCGGAGGCGGGCAUGGCCCCCGGGCUCGGCCGCCCCGGCCGGCAGGCCUCCAACGGGAAGGAGGAUGAGGAUGGUGAAGCCUGAGCCUGACGGGUGCCGGCCCCUGGGAGGGCGCACGGGCGAGGAAGCCCACGCAGCUUGGGGGCUGCCCGACCCUCCAUCCCUGCUGCAGAGACGGCGCCGGAAACCCAAAGCGCUUCGCGCCCGGCAUCUCCCGUCUCGACAGCUUCGGCGCCGGGCCCCGGGGUCAGUCGCGGCCCCGGGUAGAUGUGGACGGCCAUUGCUCAAAGGCAAGAGGGCUCUGGGGGUGCCUGCUGCUCCCCC